AUGGGGUCCAAAAAUCAACCACAGCAGGAAAUGGUUCAGGUCGGUUCGUGCGCAUCACGGGGAGAGAACGGAGGCUCUGGAACCACUUCUCCCUUCUGGCGCAAUAAGCCAAAUCGUACAAAUCAACCUUCGAAGCCUUCAGAGUCGAAGACCGUCAUUGGUGCUUCCUACUCACACGCCGAUAUCCUGAAGUUCGACUCUUUAUCCUUAACACCCUCAAACUCUAGACCUCAAACUCCGCAGUCGUCGAACAAAAUCAGUCCACAAGUGACACGUACUCCACCUCCCAAAAAUGGUGCCAUAUCCUCACCUCCCAAGAAGCCCGCGUAUUCACAGCUUGUGUCUUCAGCGAAUAGUGAUUGGAACUCGUGGUCAGAUGACGAGGAGGACGAAGAGGAAGAAGAUAAGUCGACGGCUUAUGACUUUGAUGAAGGGGUAGAUGAAGAUGAAUUCGGAUUGCCCAGCAUAUCAAGCAUGAGGAGAGAUGUCCAAAAGCGUAGUCCGGCCAAACACGUUCAUGAUCCGGGUGGGUCUAGUCGCAGCACUACUGGGAGCGGAUCCUUUUACGGCUUAGAACCAACCCGGCCGACAGGCCGACUCAGAUCAAAUAGCUCUGAUAUCGCCCUUGAACGAGGGGCUCCAAGUUACCCUUCCGCGAAGAAGACGGAAGGGAAGAUUCUCAGGCCACAGUAUAAAGAGAUAUUACGAGACCCUGCAAACUCUCUUCACCUCAUCUCACACCCGUCGGUCCCAUCAAACGCAACCCCUAAAGAUGCUGAAGCCUUAAACACUCGCAUUUCCCGUAUCAACAAAUUCAAGCGAAUACUCCAAGCAAGCAACAUCUCGCUGUCGGAGCUACGUGAUCUAGCAUGGUCAGGCUUACCCGCUGAAGUUCGCGCAAUGUCGUGGCAACUACUGCUUGGAUAUCUGCCCACUAGUAGUGAGCGCCGAGUCGCCACUCUUGAGAGGAAGCGCAAAGCUUAUCUUGACGGCGUAAAUCAAGCAUUUCCAGAAAUCAUUAGCUCAGGAAAACCUUCGAACAGACUAUCUUCCGUAGAUAAGACAAAACAGCGGGGGCUUGACGAAACAUUAUGGCACCAGAUUUCUAUUGAUGUUCCACGAACCUCGCCGCAUCUCCAAUUGUACAGCUAUGAGGCUACCCAAAGAUCUCUGGAGCGCAUUUUGUAUGUUUGGGCAAUAAGACAUCCGGCUUCCGGCUACGUACAAGGUAUCAACGACCUCUUGACCCCGUUUUGGCAGGUGUUCCUCGGCAGCUACAUUACCGACAACGAUGUCAGUAGCGGCAUGGAUCCUGCGCAAUUACCGAAAGCAGUCCUAGACGCUGUAGAAGCGGAUGCAUUCUGGUGUCUCACUAAAUUGCUCGAUGGCAUACAGGAUAAUUACAUCUUUGCACAACCUGGAAUCGUUCGACAAGUCAACUCUUUGAAAGACUUGACCACCAGAAUCGACUCUGGACUGGCCAAACACCUUGAGAAUGAGGGGGUUGAAUUCAUGCAAUUCAGUUUCAGAUGGAUGAAUUGCUUACUGAUGCGAGAAGUGAGCGUCAAUUCUAUCAUAAGAAUGUGGGACACGUAUAUGGCCGAGGAGCAAGGCUUCUCUGACUUCCACCUCUACGUCUGUGCAGCUUUCUUGGUCAAAUGGAGCGAUCAGCUAGUAAAGCUCGAAUUUCAGGACAUUAUGAUGUUCCUACAAUCUCUGCCGACAACGGAGUGGACAGAGAAGGAUAUAGAACUACUACUUAGUGAGGCAUAUAUCUGGCAGAGCCUGUUCAGGGGAUCUAGCGCCCAUCUUCGAAACUCUGGUGCUGUCCUCUCAUCCUUCAACAGACAGCUCAGCGCUCUCCAAUCGACCAAAACCCCAAACUUACUCCCUCAGCAAGCAGCACUCCAGACUUCCACCCCUCAAGCCAACAAGCCUUUUCCCUUCCUCUCCCUCCCCGGUGAAAUCCGCAACAAAAUCUACGACUACGCCCUCAUCUCCGACCCCGAACACCACAUCUACUACGGCCGGCUCUCCCAAGCCCAACACCGCGCACUCUGUCACGAUCCCUGCCGUGAGAAAGGCCAACCACCUUUCCGCCUCGAUCUGCUCCUCACCAACAGACAAAUCUACCACGAAGCCUCCUCCGUCUUCUGGGGCUGGAACCUCUUCCGCGUGGAGAUCGGCACGUCCAGGCUCCCAACACUAGCAGCGAGGGAUUGGGCGCAGUUCUCGUCCGGAUGGACGCAAGACUGCUGGGCGAGCAUCGAAGAAUAUCUGGAUGCCGCUGCCCUAGGGAAGGGGAAGGCGAAGGGGAUGGGGAAGGAGAUCCCCGCCCGCGCCCUCGCCAAAAUCAGCACUAUGGACAUAAUAGUGCAUUUCCUGCCCGAGGCGAAAGAAGUGUACAAACACCUCUCCGACGACGUGGAGGGCGCAGGUCUCUACGAACACACGAUCCGCGACGUCAGCGCGUUUGUGGAGCAAUUGAUGCCUGGGGGUGUGAAAGCGCAUGGGCUGACUGAUUUGAGGGUCGUGUAUGAUGGGCGACCUGAGUGGUCGAGUCGGUGGCUGGGGGUUGAGGGGGAUAGUUGGGGGGUGAGUGAGUCGAAGGAACGGGUGCUGGGGCCGCUGGGGUGCCUAAGGGGGGUGGAGUACGUGGAGGUUUGUACGGGAGGUGGAGAUCGUGGGUUGGAGAUGAAGCUGGAGGGGGCGAUGAGGAAGGCGGAGGCAGAGGUAGGGUGUGGGGAGAUUGUUGAGGAAGGGGCAGGAGAAAAGGUGAAGGGAGUAGUUGAGAUGUGA